AUGGCAUUACCAAAAACCCAAACCGCAGUGAUCCAGUCGCAAUCAGCGUCCAGAGAGUCCGGCCUGCGUUUGGCCGUCUGCACCUCCAAGCCCAUUCCAGAACUACCCACGCCAUACCAUGUUCUCGUCCGCGUCCUCGCCGUGGGCCUCAAUCCCACAGACUACAAGAUGGUCACUCACUUCUUCAUGGAAGGCAACACGAUAGGCUGCGACUUUAGCGGGAUCGUCGAAGUCGCAGGCUCAUCGUCCAUCAUGCCCACUGGCGUCCGGGUCUGCGGCGCCGACUUCCCUUACCGACCUGACAAUCCUUCAAACGGUGCCUUUGCACAAUACGUCGUCGCGGAUUCGCGGCAUACGAUCAGAGUGCCGGACGGGUGGAGCGAUACGCAAGCGGCGGCUUUAGGGUCCAUUGGAUGGUGCACGGCAUGUCUGGCCAUCUCAGACCCAGAGGCGCUGAAUUUGAAGGGACUGCCGUCGCGUCCCGCAGAGAAGCCAAGUCCUGUGUUGGUUUAUGGCGGUGCCACGGCGACGGGCAUCAUGGCCAUACAAAUGCUGAAGCAAUCGGGCUAUGCACCAAUCGCUGUCUGUUCCGAUAAAUCAGCACCACUCGUCAAGAAGUACGGUGCCAUUGGCACAGCAUCGUACACCUCGCAAGAUUGCGCCAAAAACAUCCAGACCCUUGCUGGUGGGAUGCCAGUCAAGCACGCCCUUGAUUGCAUCACGGAUGCAGAGUCUGCUGCAAUUUGUUACAGCGUGCUGGCCAGGGUUGGAGCGAGAUACGCAUGUCUUGAAGAUUGCCCUGAACAAUGGCGAACAAGGCGCGCUGUCAAGUCGAAGGCGGUCAUGGGGUUCGAAGCACUUGGGUACGACGUUGACUUGGGCCAUCCGACAUACUCGCGGAAGGCGAACUUUGGACUGCAUGAUGUUGCUGCGCAGUGGGCUCGAGAAGUGCAGUCGCUGUUGGAAAGAAAGCAGCUCGAGACGCAGCCCAUCAAAGAGGUGAGUGGGGGUUUCGAGGGGGUCAUCAAAGCGCUUGAAAUGUUGCAAAGCGGCGAAGUCAAGGGCGAGAAGCUCGUGGUCCAAGUAUCAAGUUAG